AUGUUGGUGGGACGCAGGGUGGCGCAGAAAAGCAUAAGGAGCUUUUCAAAAACAGCUCUUUUGUGUAACACCACAGAGCCCGCUUCGUCCACACAGGCGAAUCAUGCCAUCUCCAACAAACAACUCCUAUAUACCACCGACCGCCUCACACCAGGACUGAUAUUCUUCUUGCCUCAUGGCACAAGAAUCUUCAACAAGCUCGUUGGUUUCAUGAAGAAUCAACAGACAAAGUAUGGCUUUCAAGAAAACGAACUUUGGAAACAGUCAGGCCAUUGGGACAACUACAAAGAGGAUAUGUUCAAGGUAGUGGGUAAUGAUCUCUCUAAGGAGGAAGGAGAUGCAUGUGAACAUGAGGAUCAACAUGAAUACGGCCUCAAGCCAAUGAACUGUCCAGGCCACUGCAUUAUUUUCUCGAAGUUUGACAAGUCUUACAGUGAGCUUCCUGUGAGAUACUCCGACUUUCUGUCGUUGCAUAGAAAUGAAGCGAGUGGGGCUCUUUCUGGGUUGACAAGAGUCAGAAGGUUCCACCAGGAUGAUGGUCACAUUUUCUGCGCUUUGCACCAGAUCAAUGAAGAAAUAACCAACACCAUCAACCUUAUCAAGGACACUUACAGUGUUUUCGGCAUUGACUCAACCAAAGACGUUGAGUUUUACUUGAGCACAAGACCAGAGAAGUUCAUGGGCGAGAUAGGUGCGUGGGAUGAGGCCGAGAGCCAGUUAAGAGAAGUGUUGGACGCUACAGCUGGAAAGGAUGGUUGGAACAUACGUGAAGGAGAUGGAGCAUUCUAUGGUCCCAAGAUCGACAUUUUGCUCACAGACGCCUUUGGCAAAAAACAUCAGGUGGGUACAAUCCAACUUGAUUUUCAGCUCCCCUCUCGUUUCGAGCUACAAUAUACUGCUCAAUCUGGCUCCAAGGUGCAACCGAUUAUGAUUCACAGAGCAGUCUUUGGUUCCUUGGAGCGUUUCUUCGCAAUCUUGCUAGACCAUUACCAAGGUGCAUGGCCAUUUUGGCUCAAUCCAAGACAGGCUGUGAUCGUACCAGUUUCUGAGAAACAUGUCGAGGCAGCCAAGACCCUUCAAAAACAGAUUUCUGGUGACAUAGCUUACAGUGACUCUGUGGCACCAAUCACCGGAUUCAACUUCUACGUCGAUAUUGAUUCGAGGGACGAGAGUGUCGGCAAUAGAAUUAGAGACGCCGUCCAAAAGAAGUAUUCCUAUAUCUUGAUGCUUGGUGACAGAGACAUAGAGCAAGGGACCGUGGCAGUUAGAACCAGGGAGAACAGAAAGGUGAAGAACAUGACACCAAAAGAGAUUGGUGAUCUUUUCGUCAGCCUUGAAAGAAGCUUCCAGUAA